AUGGCUACGACAUCUGCUGGCCCUGCCGCCGAUGAGCAAGACGACUCCCGCUCCUCCUCGUCGGCCACCUCUCCUGCCCCGCCCGACAACGAAGAGUCCGACUUCUUUCUGGGCGCCAACGACUCGCAGUCGUCGCUCGGCGUCCCCAACUUCCAAGACAUGCAGGUCGACGAUGCCUGUUGGCCCCCGGUGAACCGGCUACCCAACGAAAUCCUCAUCAGCAUCUUUGCCAAGCUCAGCGCCUCUUCCGACCUGUACCACUGCAUGCUCGUCUCCCGGCGUUGGGCUCGGAAUGCCGUCGACCUGCUGUGGCACAGACCCGCUUGUACCAACUGGCGAAACCACAGCAGCAUCUGCCAGACGCUCGGCCUCGAGCGGCCCUUUUUCAGCUACCGCGACUUCAUCAAACGCCUCAACCUUGCCGCCCUUGCCGACAAGGUCAACGACGGCAGCGUCCUGCCGCUCGCCGUGUGCUCCCGCGUCGAGAGACUGACUCUGACCAAUUGUCGAGGUCUCACCGACUCGGGCCUCAUCGCUCUGGUGGAGAAUAGCGCGUCGCUGUCGGCGCUCGACAUCUCCAACGACAAAAAUAUUACCGAAAAGUCCAUCCACGCCAUCGCCGAACAUUGCCCGCGACUGCAGGGGCUCAACAUUUCGGGCUGCGAUGCAAUCUCCAACGAGAGCCUCAUCAGCCUCGCGCAGAACUGCAAGUACAUCAGGAGGGUGAAGCUCAACGAGUGUGCGCAGCUGCGUGACGAUGCCGUCCUCUCCUUUGCCCAACACUGUCCCAACAUCCUCGAGAUCGACCUGCACCAGUGCCACCAGAUUGGCAACAUGCCUGUCACGGCCCUCCUCUCCAAAGGCAACUGCUUGCGCGAGCUGCGCCUUGUCAGCUGCGACCUGAUCGACGACAACGCCUUCUUGAGCCUCCCGGAUAACCAGGUCUACGACCACCUGCGAAUCCUCGACUUGACCUCGUGUACGAGGCUCACAGACGCCGCCGUCGAGAAGAUCAUUGACGUUGCCCCGCGUCUUCGCAACCUCGUCUUGGCCAAGUGCCGCAACAUCACCGACGCGGCUGUCCACUCCAUCGCCCGACUCGGCAAGAACCUGCACUAUGUACACCUCGGUCAUUGCGGACAAAUCACCGACGAAGGGGUUAAGAAGCUCGUCAACUCGUGCAACCACGACUCCGUCAAGAGGCUGGCUCUACUGCCCAAGCUGAAGCGCAUCGGCCUCGUCAAGUGCAGCUCCAUCACGGACGAAUCCGUCUUCGCGCUCGCCGAGUACUACGCUUCGAGCCUGGAGCGAGUCCACUUGAGCUAUUGCGUCAACCUGACGCUCAAGAGCAUCAUGCGGCUUCUCAACUCGUGCCCCCGGCUUACCCACCUGAGCUUGACAGGUGUUGCCGCGUUCCAGCGUGACGACUUUCAGGCAUUCUGCCGGAUAGCUCCCCCUGAAUUCACGCAGCAUCAGAGAGACGUCUUUUGCGUCUUCUCCGGAAGCAUGGUGACCCAGUUCCGCGAGUUUCUCAACACGUCACCCCGGUUCGAAGAGCUCCGCGAGAGCUUACCCUACCGGGCUGGGGGUAGCCGCAUCCGCGGCGCUGCUGCACGUCGAUCGCAGGCCAUGGCAAACAACUUGCCCACGACUGAAGGCGAGGGCUUCGACGACGAAAUGGCCGACGAGGAAAACGACUUUGAAGGCCUGGAUGGAAGCGAAAUGGCUGUCGACGCGAACGUACAGAACCAGCCGCCCCCGGCCGGCACACUUGGAUCGACCUUUGCGCAGGCGAAUGGCAUUCCCGUCCCGCCCCCGGCACCCAGCCUCAGCCACUCUCCGGCUGGUUCUUCGAGUCACGCACACCCUCUGACGGGGCCUAUGGGGCCGCUGGCAUUCUCGAGCUUCAUGACCAACGAACCUGCCAGCGGAGGCCCGCCACUUAGUGCCCAUGGCCAUGUCCAGGCAAGCCUGGCUACCCUGGUCUCGGACCCGAGCGCAUCUCAGCAAGCCAGCACUGCCCCGCCCGGUGGUUCCGCGUCGGGAGCGAGCACCGCGCCGAUGCAGCUGCCGCCCCAAGAUACGCUCAGAGAAUAG